UCGGCGCGGGAGGUUCGAGCUGCUGCCUCGCUCUUUUGUUUUGUUUCGGUCCUCCGGGUCCGCCGACGCUGCCCCAGCCUCCUGGACUGAACGGGCGUCUGGCUCGGAACACUUCUUGUGUUCAUGCUCUUCCGCAGACGUGCGUGUUUUCCUUCAUCAAGAAAUAUCCCUCGGUAGUUAAUGUAUUACUGAAGUAACCCGGGAGAAGUAAUCGCCGACCAGACAGUUGCUGCCACUUGAACAAAAUAGAGGUCGGUCAGAAACGCUGGCUUUCGAAGUGGGAAACAACGUCUCAGCCAGAACUGCCGAUAAAUCCCAGGGAUGCAAUUCAGUUCGUCAGGCCUGCAUGGCAAGCACCUUCACAUGCUGAAUUACCACAUCUGCCCAAGUUGCUACAUGUUUCUUACGAGUAUACUUGGUUUAUCUGAAAUGAGAUCCUGAGCAUAUCAUAUACAAAAAAUUAAAAUUGAGGAACAGUAAAACUAUGAAACUUAGAAGGACAUUUGUGACUUUGGGAGAGGUCUUCUCCUUCCAAGUUAUGUUCUGACAGCGGAUCAAAGUCCUAGCGGUUACUCACGGCUCUUUGCUAAGGCAGUUCAUUUCAGAUCACAGGUAGACGAAGACUGCUCUUGCACCAAGAGUGUGCACGGUGACAGUGUGUGUACCCAGGCGUGGACAUGGCAGCCGAAGUGCGAAUGGUGCUCUAUGAGGAUGACUCAGUCCAUGUGCGUUAUGCCGAUGGCUCCAAACUGCAGCUUUCUCCUUGUGGCUCCGAAUUUCUCUUUGAAAAGGCACCUCCUCUUUCAACACAUCCCUUAGAACAACCAGAGAGAAUUCGUCAGCGGACACACUUUGUUAUUAGCACCUACAGGGAACAAGUACAGCGAGCCCUUGAUUUUCGAAACUCUUCGGCUAUGUGCCCUUUUUUAUCUGAAAGCAUCAUACCUUCUGAAAGAAAAAAGCAUAUCCUCAUUGAUUUCUCAGAAAUAAAAUGGCCCAGUCUAGACAGCGAUGACAGUGCCACAUACUCGGAGAGUGGUACAGUGAAGAUAACGUCACUAGAUGGACACGCCUACCUUUGCUUACCAAGAUCUCAGCAUGAAUUUACAGUACGUUUUUUGUGUAAAGUGAGCCAAAAGUUGGAUUCAUCUGUAAUACUAUCUGAAAAGAAAAAUCAGGUCCCAAAAGAUAAACUGGUCGAAAAGACCAGGAGAGUCUAUAGAUGUGCAAGUUUACCAGGACAGAGACUGAAGAAUAAAGAAAAUGAGCCUCGUUACCAGAUCAUGACCUCUAAAGAUGCUUCAACAAACAUAUGUUAUGUGACUGGAACUGAGGGGAGGGAGGCGCUGCCUUCCCUGGGUCCGGAGCACAAGUGUGUAUAUGCAUGGGUAGAACAGUGUUGCUCUGUUGCCUCCUGUCCAGAGGAGUGGAAAUACCCUUUGUCUUUAGCGCUGCGUUUCUAUAACAAAGGUAGUGUUGCAUCUAACGUUGACGCCAGUUUCCCUGCAAUUUCCAAUGAUCUGGAAGAAAGAAGAGAAGAGGUGUCUGUCCUUCCCAGGGUCUUGUCACUCAGCUGCUCUGCCCCACACAUGCACAGGUGGAACUUCUGUGAUUCACUUUUACAGAGGCUGUCUGAUGAAGAAGAGUACUCCUACCCUGAGCUUGUGAAGGUGGUGUGGUAUAAGGGUGUCACGUAUAGGCUUACCCAUAAAAAUGUAAACUCAAUAGAGAUUUAUCCUGGAGAUGGAUCGGUUUUCAAGUCAGAAGGGGCUUAUUAUGGUAACUAUUUCACAUAUUAUUCAAGUCAAGAAGAGUCAGAAAAGAGUGAAAGGAAAACUUAUUCUGUAAAUAACCUUCCUCCAGACAGACCAGGGAAUCUCUUCUCUGUUUGUUCUCUGAUUAAGCAAGCAACCAGAAUUCUUCAACAUUGUGCCAAGACAAGGCUUUCACUAAGCCACAACUAUCGGAUAUGCUGCUGGAAAAUGGUACCUGGAGUAAAUGUUAGCAAUAUUCUGCCCAAGCUUCUGAAAGAAUCACUCAUCCCCAAUGUGGGCAGGUUUCUUGCCUACUCUGAUGACAAAGUUCAUGCUGUCUUUUUAGAUGGCAUCACUCUAACGCUGAAUUGGGAUUUCAGCUCCUCUGCCGAAAAAAGACGAGUAGAUCAAGGUCUCAGCUUAGGUUGGUGCAGAUUAACUUUUCCUGAUGGACAAGAGCAGUUAAUUCAAGCCAAGCACCCUGGAGCAUAUGAAAGAUAUGUGACAUCAGUAAUAUCCUGGUGCAGAAGACUGAGCCAGACUAGUCCAAAACAGGUGGCCACACUUCUGCCACCUGUUCUCCAAGAAAACUGGUCCAUUGCUUCUGAGCUUGAGAAGAUACAGAAGUUUAACUGGCUACUGGAAAACAGUGGUAUCCUCAACCCGACUUCUAGCAAGAAGAACGAGCAGUGUUCUGAGGACAAAUCAGAAUCUUCAGAAACCUUGAUAGAAGCAAUUAAUGAAGAAAGUGUAUCGGUAGCAUUGAAAAGAACUUCUGAAAUUCUUCAGGAUAUUGAGUAUCUUCUGUCAAACUCUAGAAAGUGAAAAAUGGAAUUAUUACAAUACUAAAUCUUAAUGGUGUUUCAAAUUACUAGUAUGAAGUGGCUAGUAACCCAAGAAAUUACACAUGUUACUUCUGCAGAAUGAUUGUGCAGGACUGACUUAACUUUGAUUAUAUUUUGCCUAACUUGUAAAUUUUUGUGUGUGUGUUUUAAAUAAAGAACUGUUUUGAAAUUUUGAA